AUGGUUAACCUCCGCGCGAUCACCGCCUCUUUGGCGGCCUCUUAUUUCAUCGGUGCUGCCGUUGCCCACCCUGGUGAUAGCGAAGAGGUAGUCAAGUACGAGAGGGCUAUGCACAAGCAUGCUCAGGCAGGAGCUCGUCGUGCUAUCGCCAACUAUGGCAAAACUCCCGAUACGGCCGCUCUCAAAGCUCGUGCAGUUGCUCGUCGUGCAGCCACUGCUCAGAGCCUCCGUGAGAAGCGCGGUCUCAGCGACAAGCGCAUGAAGUCCAAGAGGGGCCAGGCUGAGCUCGAAAAAUACUUGAACGUCACCCACGAUACUACGGAACUUGGUUACACCUUAGAUACCCCGUUGGACGUUAUCUUCGAUUCGAAUUCGACCGCCGCUCUUGUUCCUGAGGUUACUAUUGGCCCCUAUUGGGUGGCAGGAGAAUUAAUUCGAGUUGAUGUUACCGACAACCAAGCUGGAGUGCCUGUCCAUCUAGACCUGCAAUUCAUUGACAUCAACACGCUUGCAGCUAUUCCUAAAUUGCUGAUCGACAUUUGGCACUGCAAUGCUACCGGUAUAUACUCCGGCGUCUCUUCAAGGGGCCAGGGAGGUCUCAACACUAUCCACGGCCGUGGUAUCCAAAUCACCGACGACGAUGGUGUGGUUCAGUUCGACACUAUCUUCCCGGGUCACUACACCGGCCGAACUCCUCACAUUCACUUGAUGAGCACCGAGAACGCCACCGUUCUUCCUAACAAUACCUACUUGACGGACGGCAAGCCCAACCAUAUCGGCCAGCUCUUCUUCGACCAGAGCCUCAUCACUGCCGUAGAGGAGCUCGCCCCUUACAACACCAACACCCAGCGCCUCACACUCAACUCCGAAGACGGCAUCGACGCCCAGACUUCUACUGCCGAGUACGACCCUUUUGCCGACUACGUUCUCCUUAGUGGCGAGCUCCAGGACGGUCUCUUGGCGUACCUAACUGUCUUCGUCGACACCAAGGCCAAUCAGACUGCCUCCGCUCGCGCUGCUGCUCACUACUACGAGGGAGGCGGUGUUGCUUCUCCUGGUGGUGGUGGUGGUGGUGGUGGCCCAGGCGGUCCUGGAGGUCCUGGAGGUCCUGGUGGACCACCCGGCAGCUCAUUCCCUCCCCCGCCUAACAGCACCACUGCUCCUUAA